ACAUUUGUAAUCCUGUCGCGCCUUUUUCUCCCCUAUUAUAUAUUUUUUCUGUUUUAAUUUUUGUGAAUCUAUUUUUUUUAAUUUGUGUCAAAAUAAAUAAUUUCUUUUCUAAUUUGAAAAUAAAUUCACUUUAUGAAAUGAUUUAUCGUCACAUAAAUAUUUAAGACUUAUUUUAAAAUGUAAGUUUCAAAAGUCUUUACGCUUUCUUAAAUAUCACGUCCAGUCAAAUAGACUCACAUAAAUUGAAACGAAGGGAGUAUAAAUAGAUAGUAGUACUAUUUUUUGAGCUUUUCUGCAAUUUUUGCACUAGUGCUAUUUUUUUUUUUCUUUUUCUGAUAAGUAAUUAAAUAUCUAAUUGCCAAAAAAGGGGAAAUCAUAUCUCCAACCAUGGGGACUGGGCGUAUAUUUAAUGGCAGAAAAUACUUUCUCGCCGGCGCCGCCUUCUCUGCCGCCGCCAUUACAUUCCAAACCCUAAACCCUAACUCCACCCAUUCCCCUUUCAUAAACGGCGUCGUUCGCUCCACUCGAGCUCUCAUCACCAUCACGUCAAACAUCAUAGACUAUAAAUACUCAUUAUACAACUUCAAUCCUAACACUAACGAGUAUCGCCUUGCUCUCUCUGAAGUACAUUUUAGGUCAGCAAAGAGAAUUUUAACUAUGUGUGAUGUGAAUAGAGGUAUUUAUAUCAAAGCAGGUCAGUUUGUUGCAUCCAUUAGACAAGUACCAAAAGAAUACUCAACAUUACUUUCAUCAUUACAGGAUCAAGCUAUUCCUAUGCAGUUUAACGCGAUUAAACAAGUGCUAAUCAGUAAUUUCAGUCAAAAUUGUUUAUCGGAGAUGUUUUUAUCAUUUGAUGAGGUACCAGUUGCUGCUGCAUCUAUUGCGCAAGUACACCAUGCUGUUUUAGUGAAAGAUCGUAAGGAAGUUGCAGUUAAGGUGCAGUAUCCCGGAUUAGAGUAUCAAAUGAAAUUUGAUCUUCGUACCAUGGCUUUGUUGUCGAAAUUAGUGGGAUUGAUUUUUCCUGAUUACAGGUUUAACUGGCUUGUAUCGGAAUUUGAGAAAUCUAUUGCUUGUGAACUUGAUUUUAUUGGAGAGGCUAAAAAUUUGGAGAGAAUUCGCAAAAAUUUUAAGGAUAAUAGCACGGUUAGGGUUCCUAAUGUGUUUUGGGAUUUUACGACGAGGCAGGUUUUGGUGAUGGAGUUCUGUAGAGGUUGUAAGGUCGAUGACGUGGAUUUUAUGAAGGAAAGAGGAAUUAGCGCGGUUAAGGUUGCGAAAGCUUUGGCUGAAAUGUUUGCGGAAAUGAUUUUUGUUCAUGGUUUUCUGCAUGGAGAUUUACAUCCUGGUAAUAUAUUGGUUUCACCUGAAGGGAAGAAUGGAUUUAGUUUAGUGCUGUUGGAUUUUGGGAUUUGUAAACAGUUGGAUGAGGAUUUCAGAUUGAAGUAUUGCCAGCUUUGGGAGGCUUUGGUAGUUAUGGACUCGACGAAAAUUCAGCAGAUAGGAGAAUACUUUGGUGUUGGGAAAUACUCCAAAUAUUUUCCUGUUAUAUUUACGGGGAGAACUAUUGACAGUAAAUCGGCACUUGGGAGCGGAAUGUCUGCUGAAGAAAAGAAGAACUUGAAGGAGGAUUUGAAGUCUCUUAAAAUGGAAGACAUAUCUUCCUUCAUGGAAUCUCUGCCUACCGAUUUUCUCACAGUAUUGCGGACCGAUGGGCUCCUAAGAUCUCUGACCAGCAAGUUGGGUGCUCCCUUGAGAGUUCGGUUACUGGCAUAUGCUGAAUAUGCACUAUAUGGACUUUCGUUGAAUGCUGACUCUAAAUCUGAUUCUGCCAUAGGAGUUAUGCUGUUUAAAUUCAAGACUGGCCUUCGAUACGUCCAAUUAAGACUCCUCUUUGGGAUAUUGGGGCUUCUUUCAUGGGUUGAAAGCAUCAAACACUCGUCAACUAGGAGAUUUAACGAUUUACUUUCCUCAGCUGGUUAUGUGGUAAGGAACUUGUACCGUCCUUUAUUGACAGCAUAAUUAAGUCUGUCAGUUGUAAUAUUGAAGAAAGUAUCUCAUUUUUCAUUCAUUCACUUCUGAAAAAAAAAAAAAAAAAAAGGUCUCGAAGUGAUACCGCGACUCAUACAAGUGUUGUGUCAUGUAGUAAAAAAAAUAGAUGAAAACCUGUGAAGUCAUUUGCAAUUUCAUAGUAGAUCCUUCUUCUCCUUCAAAAACUAUUGGACCUAUCUCUCAUUGGCGUCACGUUCUAUUAUCUGCCAGCACAAAUAGGGAUUGCCCUUCAUGAAAAUUUUGGUAUCCUUACGAGCAUUUGUCAAUAUUGUUUCUUCUUGUUAGCGUGACUAUGUAGACAUGAUUUUUGCCAAUUUCAGCAAUAUUUUUGCCAAUCUUUCA